GUGAGGAUUGGAGUGAUACAAUUGCUCGGAAUGCGCCCUUCUAUCUCUGUCAUGGUCUGAAAAAUGCUUCGGAAUGUGUCCAAAGAUUGUUUUCCAAUCUAUCAGGGUUGCCCCUGGCGUUUUCAAUCAUCUACAACUAACCCGUUAUUGCAGCUGGGCAUCGAGCCAAGCCCGUGGAGGUGGAGGUGUCCUCCAAUACUUCUACAGAGUAUUGUCUACAUUGCUAUCCCUCCUUUACUCGAUUCUUAAUGCUCCUCAAGGAUUUCGCCCUCCUUUCUCCGAAUUCGCAUCACGCUUCUUGAACCCAAUGACGGCAACGACCUAAAGCUACCGGUAGCUCUCGUCGUACUUGUCAGGGCCUUUGCGCCAAUCCUUUCAGUCCAACGUCGUGCACGCGACGCUUGUGUCUAUUCUAUUCUCUUCUUUACACAAUGUUGCGCUACCGUCGAUACCGUGUAUUCGUCGCCUUUGCCGUCAUAUCACUAUUCGCUCUCUAUAAGUUUGGUGUUUCGAAUGCAUCCUGGCGAGAUGGUAUCAGUACACCAGCGCAAAUCGUUGGUGAGAAGGAAGUCGUAGAGGCGGUUGUUAGCAGAAAUCCACGCCCCGAGGUGGCCCUGGAAACAAAGAAGCUCUCGAUAGACGUUCCCUUAGCGAAGACAUCUUUGGCUCGGCAUACUCCACCACCGAUUGCUCCUGUCGAUCGACCCGUCGAAAAGCCCACUCCUACGCCGACUCCAGAGGCAGUCGCAGAUGAUACCAAGCCAAAACUACCAGUCCCUACUGCUGUUGGAGGGCUGAUGCCGGGAAUUCCAAUGCCACCAGGACUAGACUUGCCUUCAUCGAGUGUAGAAGCGGUACAUUGGAAAAAAGCAAGCGAAUACUACCCAGUCCCUUCCGCCUCCCUCCAGCAACUCCCCACUGGCGCAGCGAAACAAAUACCUAAGAUUCAGGCAACGUUUGGAAAAGAGUCGGAGGCGGCAAAGGCAGAUCGAGUGGCAAAGCUGGGCUCGAUCAAGGAAACCUUCAAGCGCUCUUGGGAUGGCUACAAGAAAUUUGCUUGGCUUCAUGAUGAGCUCAAGCCCAAGUCAGGGACAUUUAGGGAUCCUUUCGCUGGUUGGGGAGCUACUCUGGUCGAUGCUUUGGACACGCUCUGGAUCAUGGGUAUGAAAGCCGAGUUCGAGGAGGCUGUAAAGGCCGUGGACCAAAUCGACUUCACUACAGCGCAGAGAAAUGACAUCCCGUUGUUCGAAACCACGAUUCGAUACCUAGGCGGACUACUUGCAGCCUAUGAUCUAAGCGACAAGGUGCACAAGAACCUACUGUCGAAAGCAGUAGAGCUGGCCGAGCUAUUGAUGAGUGCGUUCGACACACCGAACCGGAUGCCCCAAACAUAUUACUAUUGGAAGCCUAAUUUCUCGACUGGACCUUACCGUGCCAGUAAUCACAUCGUCUUGGCUGAGAUUGGCUCUCUGUCAGUUGAGUUCACUCGCCUUGCUCAACUUACUGGAGAAAGCAAGUACUACGACGCUAUUGCACGUAUCACCGAUAGCCUCGAGGAAUUCCAGGGGAAAACUAGAUUACCCGGCAUGUGGCCUACAGCGUUCGAUGCAUCAGGUUGUAAAAGAAUCGAUUAUAGUGAUAUUGGAGAGCCCUUCCAGCAACCCCUGGCUGGUGAAGUCGGAACGCAAGCACCAGCACAAGUACCUCAUCUCUCACCCGGAGGUAACAAAUACAUUCCUCUCGAUCUACCCCCGCCAAUCGUUUUCACACGAGAAUCUGCCGCGCCAGCCCCGAAACCUGCUGUACAGGUCCCGGAGGAGCCAGAGAAAGAGAAGGUCCAGAACUGGGCAAAGGGUACUUCAUUGGAUAAGGAAAAGACGGGCUUGACGAAACGACAAUUAGAUCUUCCAGAGGAACCCUUGGAAAAAGCUGCCUCUCCAGUUGUGCCCGCCACAGCGCUCCCAGCUUCACCUACCGCAGCCCGCCCCGAGUGCGAAGAACAAGGCUUCGACGCCGCUUCCGAAUUCGGUAGUGAGGAAUAUACCUUAGGUGGAAUGUCCGACUCAACAUAUGAGUAUCUUCCAAAAGAGUGGCUGCUUUUGGGUGGAAGAGUUGAAAAAUACCAAAAGAUGUACGAGCAGUCCAUGGAUGUUGUCAAAAAGAAUCUGAUAUUCCGACCGAUGUUGCCAAACAAUGAUGACAUCCUGUUUUCUGGAAAGCUCCGAGUCUCCGCCUAUGAUCCAGAAGAGCCAAACAAGAAAGGUGGUGAUCUGGAAGGCGAGAAUGCUCAUCUUACCUGCUUCGCUGGGGGCAUGUUCGGCAUGGGUGCGAAGAUCUUCAAUCGUGCAGACGAUCUGGAACUGGCGAAGAAACUGACGCAUGGCUGUGUGUGGUCUUACAAUAUGACAGCAACAGGCAUCAUGCCCGAAGCGUUCCUAACAAUUCCUUGCGAAAGCAUGACAGAUUGUACCUGGAACGAGACGCACUACAAACUCGCCAUUGAUCCCAACGCAGAUUCGAGGGUUACAUCCUACAAAUCACAGAUGGAAUCGUACGAAGUGCAGCGGGCUUCGGCAUCUGCAUGGUAUGCAUCCGAAAUGGCCGCAUUUACAGGAGCCCAUCAGACACCCGCCCCUGCCCUCAUCCCAACAGUUGACGUUUUACAGCCAGCUGUAGUCCCACCAUUGCCGCAAGCCCAGGACGAUCUUCGACCGGCAGUUAAGAAGCGAUGGGUCAACAUGGAAGACGUGGAGCCACAGAUCACACCCGAGCAAAGGCUACCCAUCAAGGAUCCACUGCCGCCUCGGCCUCAUGCCAACCUUAUGGUAGAGGGCGAAACCGAGGAUGGCGAACAUACACCUUCACCAGUAUCUCCAGACUUUGAACCUAGCACGAUCUUGGAACCGGCUCCGUCAAGACCGGUUUUCCCUGUCAUCUAUUCUCCUAAACCUCCACUUUCGCACGAGGAGUACGUAAAACAAAGGGUCCAAGAAGACCGAUUGCCCCCAGGUGUGACAGCCCUUCGGGCCAAGAAUUAUAUCCUACGUCCCGAAGCCAUCGAAUCUGUGUGGUACAUGUACCGUAUCACUGGGGACCCUUAUUGGCGCGAGGCCGGGUGGCAGAUGUUCGAGGCUGUAAACACACACACGGCAACUGUGUAUGGCAAUUCCGCCAUCGACGAUGUCACAAAGCAAGCUCCAGAUUUACUAGACGAAUCAGAGAGCUUUUGGUUGGCAGAGACGCUCAAGUACUUUUAUCUACUCUUUGCAGAUGAAAAUGUGGUCAGUCUUGAUGAGUGGGUGCUAAACACGGAGGCCCAUCCCUUCAGACGACCAACUUGAUUCGUUAUUAGCAUCGUUCCUCUUCCGCUGGGUAGCAUUGUCACCCGCAAUUUGGUAAUUUGGCGUUCUUUUAUGCUCUUGGGAGCCCUUACGAUAUCAAAACUGGGGUUAUCCCUUUUUCAUAGUUCUCAGGCACAAUAAGUCGCAAAUGGGUCUUGCCGGCUUACGGCACCAUAGGUCGAAAGUCUUCCAAGGAGCGCGACGCGGGUACUGGUAGCAUUGCAAUGGAGUCUAUCUUUCUUGUCAUGAAAAAAUUAAUCCUAAGUGAGGAUUUUAUCACAAUCCAC